AUGACAAUGCCGAGAGAAGGAGCCAGUAGCGAAAUCUGGAAUACAGGCAGAUCGAGACCCUCAAUAGGACAUGUUCAGGAGUCGCCGAUAACGAUCAGGCCGGAUUCAACGUAGGUCGAUCGCGAUCAUUGGACUACACGAACGAGUUCGGGUCAGUGGUGACAGUUCGAAUAUUAGGUCUUUCCUCUGUAAUCCCCUCUACUAUGCUGACAUACGUUUUCACAACAUCUGUCAUGAGCCAGGAGCCGUUCGAGGAAAGGUAGUAGUACCGUGAGUCAUCUCCCGACCUAUAGCGAGUUCGCCGUGCCGCUCGAUCUCGUGUACUGAAUUUUUGAGUUUUCUUUGGUCCCCUUCCUCAGAACGCAAUCCAAACGAAAUCCGUUCAUGUACCGAUACCAAGUCCGACUACUGCAACGCAUCUAUCCGUCACUUCGAGCUGCCCUUGGCUUCGAGUUUCAACUGCCGAAUUCACCUGUCCAAGAUCCGAAAGAACGCCGUUUCUCGAGUAAGCGGAGCAGCCAACAAAAUCGAUCCUUACCAGGAGGAACCAAACAUACUUUACAUGCAUCAGACGGCAAGCGUGUGGAGGAGUCUUAGGCUCCCUCGGCGAUUGAGGAUGGACGAGAUGUGCAUUGGGACUGCGGCGGAACGAAAUCGUGACCGAUGCGAGCACUAA